AUGUAUCAAUCAGAUUAUCCCUCACUGCAGCAACCAUUAAAUUAGCCUUACUCAUCAGAGUAGCAUUUACUGUCUCCACUUGAAAACUAACCUUAAAAUCAAUCAGAGUACCACCAACAGCAAUAAGUCUACUAGCCAACAUUUUUAUCAAAUCCUUAUCAAUAAAGUGGAAAUUAGUAACAAAAUAGACCAAGUUCAAAUAUGAUUUUAAGUACUUAUAGCGAGAAUUACUAGUUACCAUAUCGAGUUCCAAGCGAGUCUUAUCAUUGCAACAUACCACCACCAGGUUAUAUAACUUUUGAUGAGCAUAAUGAUUACAAAUUCAAGGUCAAGGUAUUGAAAUUUAUAGCCCUUUUCUUGUUCCUAGCAAUGACAGUUUCUCUGAUUAGUCUCUAUUCAGACGAGAUGUAUGAUGAAAUAGAAGAUUUUUUCGAUUGA